GCUUUAUUGUUAAAAAAAAAUUAUAUACAUAUAUAGCUAUAAAGGGGUUAUGUGUCACAGUUUGACAAAAAUUAUUAGAUUGGAAUCAUUUUUUAAAUAAUGAUUGGUUGAUUGUACAAUAAUUUUGUAUUAAUUCAUUGAGAUGUUUGAAGUACUGAAGAGUUUAAAUCUAAAUCUCAAAGUAUGCAGAAAAAGUUAAUUCCAUUUUGCUACUUGACUAAAGUAAAUGAAGCAGUGAUGAAGAAGUAGCUGAUUCAUAAUUGUACUUGCUGUUGAGUGUUUGUCGAAAGUGUCUAAAAAUCUUGGUUUUAUUGAAAAUUUCUUAAAUAAAAAUUAUAUUAUGGAGGUAGAAAAGUCAGUUGUAAAAAGAAAAUCUUUUUGUGAUAGACUUAAAAAAAUACCAGCAAGUAUAUCAUCUGUAGUUAAACAUCUUUUUUUUCAAUUGGGUUUGAGAAUAGCUAGGCAUCCAAUCAGAUGGAUCAUUUGCUGCUCUCUAUUAGUAUUACUAUGUUUAGGAGGUUUUUUAAAGUUUCGACAAGAAAGAAAUCCUUUGAGAUUAUGGAUUCCUCCAGAUUCAGACUUCGUCAAAGACUCAGAGUGGCUUAUGGAUCAGUUUGGAGAAGGUCAACGCACCGAGACAAUGAUAUUAACAGCAGAUAAUGUGCUAGAACCUUACGCACUUUAUGAAAUGAAUGAAAUCAUGAAAAAAAUCUUAUCUAUCCAAGUUAAUAAGCAACUUACUUGGACAGAUGUAUGUUUCAAAGUACCAGUGAUAUCAGGCUACUCGAUAGCUCGUCAACAACGUGAUAUUGAUGAUGAUGAUUUUUUUGACGAAGAACCAUCAGCACGAAUGGAUCAGAGUAAUUUUGAUCCAAGUGUUCAUACCUCAGCGAAAGUUUAUUGUAGGAUUUUCAAUACUUUACCAAAAGGCUGUUUAAUCUUUAGUAUUCUAGAUUUAUGGGAAUAUGAUUCAAAUAAAAUUUUAAGCCAAACUAAAAAUGACAUUAUUACAAAAAUAAAUUCAGUCAAAAUAAGUCCUACUUUAGGUCAUCCCAUAAAUUUCACUGAAUUAUUAGGAGGAGUUGUCAAAGACAAUAUGGGUAAAAUUAUCAGUGCUCGAGCAAUGAAAAAUCAGUGGAUGUUACACGUCAACUUUACAAAUAUCAAUAUGAAUAAUGCGGGGAAUGAUGUUGGAACUUCUGAUUGGGCUACAAUUGACGUCCUAAAUUGGGAAGCAGAAUUAUUGAAAGAACUUCAUGCAAGUUCAGAAUUAUUGAAGAAAAAAAAUAAAGAAAACAAUAAAACUUUACAAAUAUGGUAUCAAGCAGGAAGAAGCUUUGGUGAUAUCAGCGAAUCUACAAUGUUUCAAGAUAUGAAAAAAAUAAUAAUUGGUAUCAUAUUAAUGACUUUAUACGUUCAAGUAAUCUUAUCACGAUUUAAUUGGGUUGAGUGGCGUUCUUGUUUAACGAGUGCUGGUCUUUUGUGUGUGGGUGGAGCUUUUAUCGUUGCUGUUGGACUAUGUUCUCUUUUUGGCGUUCCUUAUGGCCCGGUGCACUCUUCAUUACCAUUUAUGCUGAUGGGUCUUGGAGUCGAUGAUAUUUUCGUGAUGAUGGCAUCUUGGGAGGAAGGAAUGUCGCAUGAAUUAAUUCGUAGCAAGUCGAUCGAUGAAAGAAUUGCUCAUAUGUUAAGCCACGCUGGAGCAGCGAUUUCUAUUACUUCAUUGACUGAUGUGAUAGCAUUCAUCAUCGGCGCAUCUACGAUUCUCCCUUCUUUGGAAUCAUUCUGCAUCUACGCAGCCGUAGGAGUUUUCGUAACGUUUUUACUACAAGUAACAUUUUUUGUUGCCAUUUUUACGUUAGACGUGAAACGAAUUGAAAGCAAAAGAAAUGGAAUUUUUCCAUGCAUAAUACAUGACAAUUAUGAUAUUAGUAAAAAUGAUCUGAACCAGCGCUUAUCGUGGCGAGUAAUAAAUACUUUUUAUACAAAAGUGGUAUUAAAGACUCCAGGAAAGAUAAUUAUCAUAUUAAUCACUUGUAUUUUCACAAUUGUUUCUGGAAUGGGAGUUUACCAGCUGAAACAAUGGUUUGAUCCUGACUGGUUUUUACCUACCGACUCUUAUUUACAUAAAUUCAUAGAAGUGAAGAACAGAGAAUUCCCUACUAGAGGGAAAUCAGCGGCUAUUUAUAUAGCUGAUAUUGAUUACAUUAUGGAAUAUUCCAAAAUCAUGACAUUAAUAGAUAAAUUAAUGAAUAUGACUGUGGUCGAUAAUUUAGAAGCUUGGCCACAAGAAUUUGCUCAAUUUGUGCAACGUCAUUAUGACAAAGAUGUAACAAAUAAUUCCCUGCAAUCAAAUGAAUUUUAUUUUUACCUCUCGAAAUUUCUAUUUAGUCCAAGUGGUGGCAAAUAUCAAAGGAAUUUUCGAUUUGAUGGUAAUUUGACUUGUGGAAUGAAUACUCCAAGAAUAUUACUCUCUACUAUCAAUUUUGCCUUUACUAAAUUUUCUGGCCCUGACCAAUGGAUUCCAGCGAUGGAUAGCACAAAGUUAGCUGUAAAAGAGGUGGGUUUUAGUGGAUAUGCUACAGUUUGGAGCCGAAUAUUUGGUGCAUGGGUCACAGACAAAGUAAUUGCCCGUGAGGUUACUCGAAAUAUUAUUCUUGCAUUAAUAUGUGUGAUGGCAACAACAGCAGUACUCAUUGCUGAACCGCAGACAUGUAUUUGGAUUCUUCUCUGCGUUAGUUUGACCCUCGUUGAUAUCUGUGGUUUUAUGUACUACUGGGGAUUGUCUAUCGACAUAGUUUCGUGUAUCGCUCUCGAAUUAGCAGUAGGUCUGAGUGUUGAUUAUGCAGCUCACGUCGCACAUGCUUUUCUCAACAGCAAUGCACCAAAUAAUGAAAGAAAUCGAUCUGCAAGAGCUUUGAUUGCUGUAAGACAUAUCGGAGCAGCAGUAUUAUACGGAGCAGGUUCAACCCUUUUAUCUCAAUCUCUUUUAGCUUUUUCUGAAGCCUACGUUUUUCGUACAUUCUUCAAAAUAUUUUUCCUUGUGAUCUUAUUCGGUCUUUGGCAUGGUUUACUCUUACUCCCAGUGAUUUUAAGUACAAUUGGACCACGAAGUCUACAUCUUAAUAAAGAAGAAAUAAAAAAGUCUAUUGAAACUGACGCAAAUCAAAAAGUGAAUGAUGAAGUAAAUGUGCCUUUAAAUACAAUACAAUCAGAUAAUUAAUUGUUAUUCAUCUUUAUCAAUAAUAUUUAUUUUUGGUUCAAUAAACAUACAAAAUUAUUACACUAUUCAUACUAUUAAUCACACAUUUAUACAAAAAUAAUAAUAAUCAGAAUAAUCGUAAUAAUAAUUAAUAAUAAAAAUAAUAAUAAAAUUGGAUAACUUAAAACGGA